CCCCACCAAAAACACAAAAAAAAAAAAAAAAAAAAAAAAAAAAAAAAAAAAAAAAACAAAAACAACAAUCCAUGAAAGUAAACAGAAAGCUUCGUAAAGAAGAAAGACGUGUACGAGAAUUCGAUUAGCCAACCAGGAGAUCCAAUAAUUGACCAAAUCCGAACCGCCACUCGGCAGCACCAGCACAUGUCAAAAAAAAGAAAAGCAAAAAAUGGAAAAAAAGCUAUACACCUGAUCUUACUCUUUUUUCUUUUCGUUUAUGGUUGGCGUUUUUUCUAGAAGGUUUUGAUUGGAAAAGUACAAGAAAAUGCUUAGAGUUUAAAAUACUUACCGAGGCUGUGUUUAUAUGACCCGGAAUUUAAUGUUGUUACAAAAAUUUAUCGUAAAGUCGCUCACUCAUGUGGCCUUUAUAUAUCCUUUUCAACAAGAGUCUUAAGACAGAAGAGGAAAACGUAUCAAAAGGAGAGAAUUCAAGCUUGGUAAAGUCCUAUCCGCACGAAUCGUCAACUAAUGGCAAAUGCUCUGUUGCGGUAUUGCCCCAGUCACACUCUGUUGAAGUUCCACACAUAAAUCAACUGUAUUCCUGGGAUUGUGGCCUUGCUUGCGUUCUGAUGGUUUUUAGAACUGUUGGCAUCAACAGCUACAGCAUUCAGUCUUUGGCAGAGCUAUGUUGCACGAAUAGCAUUUGGACUGUUGAUCUGGCAUACUUAUUGCACGAGUUUUCCAUUAGCUUUUCCUACUACACAGUAACGUUGGGAGCUAACCCAAAUUAUUCUGAUGAAACAUUUUACAAGGAACAAUUACCGAAAGAUCUAGUACGAGUGGAGACGCUAUUCCAGAGGUCACUGGAUGCAGGACUUAAUAUUCAGUGUAGGUCAAUCAGUGAAGAAGAAAUUUCUCUCUGGAUGUUGUCUGGAAAGUAUAUUGCAAUUGCAUUAGUUGACCAGUAUAAAUUGAGUCGCUCUUGGCAGAAGGAUGUGUUUAUAUCAGAUUUUAAUGCCAAGAACUCCAGUUACACUGGUCAUUAUGUCAUCAUAUGUGGCUAUGACAUGGGUACAGAUGAGUUUGAGAUUAGAGAUCCUGCCAGUUCUAGGAAACAUGAGAAGGUCUCAUCAAAGUGCCUAGAAGAAGCUCGCAAAUGCUUUGGUACUGACGAGGAUCUUCUCUUGGUAUUCCAAUUGAGCCUUAACCUUCCCUUGCAUAUUUUUCAAGUAAAAUAUGAUGAUUUUCUUAGCCAGCAUAAAGAUUGUAGAUAUAAAAUUCUGUAAAGCCAGCUUUAUUUGUUGUAGAAACAAUACAGAAUACAAAGUUACUUCCAUUCCAUCAUUCCAUCAUACUAACUGAUGCAACCAUUGACUCCCCAAUUGCUCAAUAUCUGCACCUUCAUUUAAAAUUGGCAUCAAGCCCAAAUGUUAUUAUCCUCUUCGUUGAAAAUUGGCAUUAGCCUAAUGUUGUUCCCCUCUUUCCCCUCUCCCUUCUAGUAGGUAACGUACGUUAGGAAUGGCUGAAUCUAAUAUAAUGCUUGCGUGUUAGAUGGUCAAAAGUUUGAUUUUCCUGGGGCUUAUUUAUGCUGAUUUCCUGAAGGGUCAACCAAUUCACUCAUUAUUCUUGAAUAAUGAACAAACUUCCCUCUUUGAUUUUCCCUCUUUUCUCUAUUUUUUUUCCUUUGCUCUCCGUUCCUUGUUCCUGCACAUAGUUAAUAAGAAGCAAGAGAAUAAGAGGAAAAACAGUGUUCUUGAGAGUAAUUUUUCUUGCAGCUGUACUG